UGAAGAAAAACCGGAGCGCCCCGCCUCCACGGUUGUUUUAUCUUCUGCUGUGCACCGAGGCUGACAGCUCCGUGUAGGAGCAGCUGCUGUCACCAUGGCUCUUAGCGACGCCGACGUCCAAAAGCAGAUCAAACACAUGAUGGCUUUCAUUGAACAGGAAGCAAAUGAGAAGGCUGAAGAAAUAGACGCAAAGGCAGAAGAAGAGUUCAACAUUGAGAAAGGUCGUCUUGUGCAAACGCAGAGACUGAAGAUAAUGGAGUAUUAUGAGAAGAAGGAGAAACAAAUUGAGCAGCAAAAGAAAAUUCAGAUGUCCAACUUGAUGAAUCAGGCAAGAUUGAAAGUCCUCAGAGCCAGAGACGACCUUAUUACAGACUUAUUAACUGAAGCGAAGCAGAGACUCUCCAAGGUAGUAAAAGACACCACCAGAUAUCAGGUGCUUUUGGAUGGUCUGGUCCUUCAGGGUUUAUACCAAUUGCUGGAGCCACGCAUGAUUGUCCGUUGCAAGAAAGAGGAUCUCCCUCUGGUCAAGGCUGCAGUGCAAAAAGCAAUCCCUAUGUACAAGAUUGCAACCACAAAAGAUGUUGAGGUCCAAGUUGAUCAGGAGGCCUAUCUGCCAGAGGAAAUAGCGGGAGGUGUUGAAGUUUAUAAUGGGGAUCGUAAAAUAAAAGUUUCUAAUACCCUCGAAAGUAGAUUGGAUCUUAUAGCCCAACAGAUGAUGCCAGAAGUCCGUGGGGCCUUGUUUGGUGCUAAUGCCAACAGGAAAUUUUUGGACUAAGCCUCUGAUGAGGUGGGAUCCAUUCCAUCUGCUGUAUUGAUGAGUUAUGUGUCUAAAACUGAAGAAACAACUAUCAAUGUUCCUCCUUUCUGAUGCUCUGACAUUGUCUUAUGUUCUUAAGUGGAGUAGCCUUUGUAUAGAAUACCAUUAGCCUAAAUGUUAACUUUGGGAGAGAAUUUAUGGACUUAAAUUGUCAACAAGUAACCUAGUUCGUCUAGACGUGACUAAAUUCUGAUCUCUACAUUCUGGGGACAAGGGGAUUACAUAUCAGUUGCAUGGUUUUCACUGAGAAUCCUUCUGUGAUCUGCCUUAGGUUGGAGGGAGCUGUGUAUGUGAGGUAUCUUAUAGCCUCUUUGUAUUGUAUUUCUAUAGGUUACUUUAAUACACAUAAGGAGCAUGCAUUCACUCCAGCAUUAAUAGUAUUACCCCUGUUAACUAUUUGGGCUUAGAGGCUUUCCUCAGUUGUAUCUGUGAUUCAAAAACCCAAGCUAUGAAUAUGCUUUAUUUAUUAAAAUAAAAAAUAUGUGGAUCAAACUAUAAUAAUCUCUUAUUCAGGACAUUCACAGAUUUGAGAGUUAGGUGAGUUGAGGGUGUUAUUUAAGAAAGAAUAGCCUACCUACUUUGGAGCAUUUACUUCACAAAUUACUACAUUUCCUGUUAACCUUUAUUUUUUUUAAAGUCUGUACCAGAUCUGUGAUUACUGUCUGAUCUCAUAUGCUAUAGUAAUGUGGUACAUCCUAUUUAGAAUUCUAAGACAUUUGAUAGGAAAAUACUUUUAUUCAUUUAGGCUAAAAUUGUGAGUUAUGGUGGAUUUGCAGUCACGAGCAUGUUACCACCAUCCUCUACAAUCUUUCUCCUGCUACAGUAGUCUUGGGAUGUGUGGGAAAGACUUGGCUUUUGUGUUCCUUUCUUCUUGGGAAAUGAAAACAUUUGUAAGCUCAUUUUUUUCUUAUAGUGUACUUAGGGAAUUCUGAACAAUUAUGACUAAAGCAAGGCUAAAUGACUUCUCCAAGAUCUAUCUUAUUGAUAGCAGAAGAACUGAAAACCCAAUACAGUGCUCAUUCAUUGAUAAAAAGUAAUUAAUGAUAAAAAGAAACUGGUAACAA